CUACCAUUUCUGCUCAGUAAACAAAAAUAAAGCCGCACUAAAUUGGUAGGCCUAGUUCGUGAUCGACAGAAAUGAUGACAAAUAGUUCAGACAAAGUCAACGAAGCACGCGGUUUUCAAACUCCAUCUCCAAGUAUCAAAUCCGUAUUUCUUGUAGAAACGAAGCCUUUUACUACCGCACUACCACUCCACAUGUUGGCCCAGUAGUGCGAUCGCUAUGCCUGUGGUACCCGUCUCCACCGGGGUUUCCGUCGGUGCGGUGUUGGUUUGUGCCGGUGUGCUGUGUUGUUUGUGUUGCCUGCCAGUCAGCUGUUCCCUUGUUGUUGAUAACGGGUCUGCGAAGGCGAACGGCCCGCGGUUGAUUAGCUCGGGUCUCGGUGUCAGUGAGUCCCAGGAAUAUUCAGCAGCCAAAAACAAACCACACACUCAUCUUGGAGUACCAGAGUGCAUUGAUUACCACAAGAUAAAUGUAUCACAGCAGUGUUCUUUCAUCAGAGCCACCAACGACUGCAAGAUUGAUGAGGGUUUCGUCAACUACUUGGAGGUAGCCUACUGUGACUUCUCAGUCAAGCUGCUACCUCUCGCUCUGGUUCUACUGUUUAUCUGGCUGAUUUUCCUGUUUGUUGCCCUGGGAGUCACUGCAGAAGAUUUUUUCUGUCCAUCGUUGACUGCCAUCUCCAAGUCACUCAAGCUAAGCCAGAAUAUAGCAGGUGUGACCUUCCUUGCAUUUGGCAAUGGAGCUCCAGAUAUUUUCAGUGCCAUAGCGGCGAUCUCUAACGCAAAGGAUGGCAAUGCUGGAUUGGCGAUCGGAGCUUUGUUUGGGGCUGGUGUCUUCGUGACUACAGUAGUAGCUGGGUCUGUUUCUAUUGCCCAACCCUUUGAGCUGGCCAAGAGACCGUUUCUACGAGACGCCAUUUUCUACAUCGGUGCAGCAUUCUGGACAUUCUAUGUUUUAUACACGGGGAAAAUAUGGACUGCAGAGGCAAUAGGUUUUAUUCUUCUCUACGUCGGCUAUGUAUUAUUCGUUCUGAUUGGUCGGCAGUUGUACCAAUCAAAGAUCAAGCCUUGGGAGGUACGACUGAAUGCCACAGUCAUGAACGGAACCGGCCAUGAUUUUACAGAAAGCGGCAACGUAGUUUCUACAGUACCUGACUCAGAUAGGCGGCUUUAUGGGCCUCUGCUGCGGUACGUCAGUGAAACCUACACUCCAGGCGGGAAUGUACCUGUUCCACGUGAAGACGGCGCUUCGUCACCACACAUGAAGGCGUCAGACGGAGAAACACACGUAGAUGCACUGGGUGGUGCGCGAACUAUUACCGAGGCUCUGCUAGACUCUGAGCAGGUAGUUGCUGCAUCACUGCUGGCUGGGCACGGCAUAUCAAUCAACACACCACCUGGGGGAGAGGACGGUCCGGUGGUCAGCACUCAGAACGGUCUGCCUGAUGUACAUAGAUCCUUCAUUCCUAACACUGAUGACCCAAGUACCCCGUUGCUUGGCACACGCACCAAUGACGACGAAUCGCAAUUAACCUGCAUAGCUGGGUUUGGCGGGGAAAUCAAGGAAUUCCUGCGUGGGAUCAACCCCAUCGACACGGAAAACUGGAAGGGGAAGUCCAUCAUUGGCAAAAUGUAUGAGAUCUUCAAGUCUCCAAUCCAGCUGGUGAUGCAAGCGACUGUCCCACUCGUUGACCACACCGAAGACAAACACUGUUGGAAUAGACUCCUGAACUGCUUCCAGCUCGCCAUUGGACCACUCUUCUGUGUGGUGGUCACCAAAAACUUUUCCAGGGUGGUGACAGGUAACUUCAUGCUAUGGGAACUCAUGCUGUGUGUAGGCUUCCUCUUAGCGUUGGUGGUGUACUUAACGUCCAGAUCCGAUAAGCCACCAGUCUACCACUUUUUAUUUGCAUAUUUUGCCUUUGGUGUAUCUGUGCUGUGGAUCUAUUCAGUUGCAAAUGAAAUCGUAAAUCUAUUACAGAUGUACGGACUAGUCUUCCAACUAAGUAAUGCUAUUCUGGGGCUGACGUUGUUGGCCUGGGGAAACAGCAUAGGAGAUUUGGUCUCAGACAUUGCCGUGGCUAAGCAGGGCUAUCCUAGGAUGGCUGUGGCUGCCUGCUUUGGUGGACCUCUCUUCAAUAUGCUUCUCGGCAUCGGCAUCUCAUGUACUAUCGCCUGCAUUAAACAUGGAGGCACAUUUUAUUUGGUGUCGAGCCAGCUCCAGUAUGUACUGGCAGCCGGGCUGGUCGUCAGUCUCUUCUUCUCUCUCUUCUACCACGUCUUCAGGAAGUUCCAAGCCACCAGGGUCUACGGCAUCUGCCUCUAUGUGCUCUACGUGUGCUUCCUGGUCAUUGCCAUCCUGACCGAGACCAAGGUUAUUAAGUGGUAGUGGAAGGGGCGUGGCCCAAAGGGGAUGGGGAGGGUGUGUAUUUACCUCUUCUUACCACCCCCAGGAAAAAAAAUCAUUUCUCAUUGCAUUUUAAUAACAUCAAUGUGUAUAGUGCUUUAUACCAAAGUUUCAAUAUACUUCACAAUAUUCCCAGUUCGGUAUUUCAAUGACCCGAGGUCAUUCGGUAUAACAUCGCUGAGGUGAUGUUACCUGCUGUUACGCGCACGCCCAUUCUGCUAGUAAUUGACACGCAAGCGUCGUGCGCCCACGCGUUCAUGCGCCUUCGAUCUUUUGAUUAUCCGUGACCCAUAUCGUUGUGCACAUGUGCAGUUGAAAUACCGAACUGGCUUAUUAUUACCCUUGUUCAUAGGGUAAUGAGACCAGUUUUCUGCAGCAGCUCGAGAUCAGCGCAUUCUGGUCUCUACCCUCACAGGUACCCAUUUAUACUCCUGGGUGGAGUAAGGCAAUUGAAGUAAAAUGUCUUGCCUAAGAACAUAAGCACCGUGUUCCCAUCCGGGUUCAAACCCACAUACCAUCGCACACGAGUUGGACACCGUAAGCAGUGGACCAAGGUGCUCCACUCUGUGCUAACAUAAAUGUAUGCAUAAUGGAACCAGCUCGCCAUUAUAUGGCGCUCUCAGGUGGUAGUGCAUUUAGAUGAUGGUAUAGCGUCCAAGAAAAAUAGGCAUUCCCCCUCAACCAAAGAAUACAUUGCAACCUAGUUGUAAACGAUCAUUAACCCCUUGACGCCGGUAUUGUUCGGCCAUGGACAGCUGCACAUUGGGUGGAAUGUGUACAUGCAGGCAUUCGUCCGUUGUCUAUGAAUGGAUGCGGCUAUGCAGCAGGAAUGCGGCAACAAUCUAGCAGUCCCCCGGCUUAUCAGCUUUUGUCGAGCUGUGUCUAGAGCCGUCAGCCAGUGUUAAAACAAAUAUACAUUCCAUAAUUUUAAAAUUGUGUCUGCAUGUCAUAGUUCACUUUAUAUAAAGCUACAUCAAAUAUUUUCUGCGAAAAGUUGUUACAAAUAAGACAUUUUUGCACCUAAUAUAUUUGAUAUCAAUCAUGAGACAUUGUAGAAAUGAAGUGAGAUGUGGGCUGUACAGCCUGCCCUAAAGAAACCAGCAUUAAGUUGCUCCUAAAUCUUGGAGUAAAAUACAGCAUUUAUAAUUUCAUAGUUUAUAGUUUAAUGCGUAUAUAACUUAUUGUAUUCAGGCUAGCAUUCCAGUUUUUUGUUUAAAAUUCGGGCGAUUCACAAUGCAGUGCGCCACCAAGAGUUUGCCACGAAGAGUUCAUUUUUCCCAGUGCAUUGUGGGAGAUGGUCAACAAAUUCACAGCGCGGGACAUUUGAAAUUUUUCGUUUUUCCAGUCAGCAGUUUCGUAAAGGUAUGCUUCGAGUAUCUGUUUGCUCUUUUGUUUUCUUUUUAUCAAUGUGGGUUUUUUUGUGAGGCGGCAGAACGCUAUGCCCCAAUCUAUAUAACAAAUUAGUUCAAGUUGUCUACUGACACUCAUUCAAAUGGGCCAUGUUUUGUCGACCGUAAACUAGAAAAAUGGACUCUCCAUGGCAAACUCUUGGUGGUGCACUGCAUUGUGAAACGCCCGAAUUGAUAGCACUCUUGGUUAGGCAUUUCUGCUAGAGGCAGACCAUUGUUGGAGCUAACCUUCCUACUCCAUACAGAUGAUGUGAAUUGAUGUCACUUUUUUGUUCUCUCUGGAGAUAGGAAAAUCAAAACGUAAAUGUUAGAUGUAAAUGUUAGAUGCUGGUGCAUUGAAUGGUCCUUUUAAUACACUGUCUCAUUUUAGGCGUUCCAUUGCAGGAAGAUGUAUUCAUACCUAAAUGAAUGUGAAUAUGUUGUUGAAAUUAAUAUACAUUGUUGUACAAAUAAUGAAUGUUUGUGAGUGCAAUGGUAAGAAUAAUUUCAUGAGGUGACAGAUGGAAUGUUCCAUUCCACGAAGUGAAGCCGAGUGGAAUGGAACAUUCCUGUCACCGAAUGAAAUUAUUCUUUCCUUUGCAUUCACUUUGGAAAGGAACGUGUCAUUGACAUGUGUCAAUGACAUGUGAUCAAUGACCUACCAAUCAGAUGACAGGGAUUUAUUCAGGCGUUGUAUAAAUAAAUAUGAUUAAUAUAGCCCCUCAAACUCAACAAUGCACAGACCUAAUUGUUAAAUUCUAAGAAUUGAUUUUUGUGUUUUGUAUUUUAUUUUUUUUGCUAAGGUAUUCUUUAUAACUCUAUUUAGAUAAACCUCGAUGAUGAUGUAAAUUUAAUAUGCAAAGUAGAAGCAAUCAGCAUUGGGUGUGAAAUUUCUAUAGUUCAGUACUUUAACUAAUAAAAUAAAUAAAAUUUCAAACGCUUGCCUAAGUAGACUACAUAAGGCCAAAAAAAAAAGUCUCGGGUUUCUGGUAUGGAGCUCGCCCAAAAAGUGGUGUGGC